GGUCAGUGACAGACGUCAGUAGGCGGUUAUUUGAUUCAUACACGCCCGUAAUUCGUCUCAGUUUUACCGCUGUGUAAUUUAAAACUAUCAGGAAAAUAAAUCACUAUUAAAGCCCUCCUGCGCGCAACAAAUUUCCAGUUUAGUGCAAACACACGUGAGGGUUAGGACUCUGGAGACCUUGUUAUUGCUGUGUAGAGGAUUUCCCAUCCGGUAACAAUAAGUAUGGAAGACCUCAGUUUUGUACCAGAACUCCCGAGUGGGCCUCUAGAUGUGUACAGAAAUAAUGCUUCAUUUAACUGGAAGCGUCUUAAAUUGGCCCUUGAAGGAGACUUUGAUUUGCUGAAACUUAAGUACAAAAUAUGGCGAACUCUAGAAAAAGACCCGCUCUUCGCGCACAGCCCCAUCACGCUGCCGGUGGAAGAACAGAAGAGAAUCACACAGUUGCAACUGAAGAAGAUAAACGAGUACAAGUUUAUACCUAAGGAGAUGUUUAACGCGAGCUACAGCAAACGGACGCGAACAAUAAUGACCAUAAACGAAGCGGUGCAGUCCCUCAACCCGAGCGUGUCCGUCAAAAUGGCCAUUGGCAUCUAUCUGUUCUCCAACGCUCUGCUGUCGCUAGGAACUGAACGACACCUGAAGUUCUACGAAGCUACCAUCAAGCAUAGAGAGAUCCUAGCCAGCUUCUCGCUGACGGAGAUAGCGCAUGGCUCGGACGCGCGCCUCAUGCGGACCACCGCCACCUACGACCCCAGCACCAGGGAGUUUGUAGUGCACACGCCGGACUUCGAGGCCGCUAAAUGCUGGGUUGGUAAUCUAGGUAGAACGUGUACCCACACCUUGCUGUUCGCUCAGCUCAUCACACCGGACGGCACCAACCACGGCUUGCAUGGCUUCGUCGUGCCCAUCCGGAAACCCGACACCCUGGAGACAUACCCUGGGCUCAUUGUGGGCGACAUGGGAGAGAAGAUUGGCGUCAACGGCAUUGAUAAUGGGUUCAUAAUGUUUAACCAAUACCGAAUACCGCGGGAGAAUCUCCUCAAUAGAACGGCAGACGUCACAGAGGAUGGCACAUAUGAAAGCUCAUUCUCAGAACCUUCUAGAAUACUUGGAGCUGCAUUGGAGAAUUUGUCCGCAGGUAGGAUCGGCAUAAUGCAAGAGAGCUGCCACUCGCUGUCGAGCGCGGUGACGAUCGCGGUGCGCUACGCGGCGACGCGCACGCAGUUCGGCGAGCGGGACCGCGAGACGCCGCUUAUCGAGUACGAGUUACAUCAAUGGCGCUUGUUCGGCUACGUGUCAGCGGCGAUAGUGUUCCGGCUGUACAUCGACUUGUUCGCGCACACUUAUCUGAACAUCGUGGAGAAGUCCAACGCUGGCCACAGGGUCGACAAUUUGAGUGAAGCGGUGUCGGAGAUCCACGCGAUGGUGUCGAGCAGCAAGCCGCUGCUCACGUGGACCACUCUCCGCGCCGCGCAGCAGUGCAGGGAGGCGUGCGGGGGGCACGGCUAUCUCAAGUGUGCAAACCUAGGCGACAUAAGAAGCAACCACGAGCCCACAGUGACGUAUGAAGGCGACAAUAACGUACUGUCGCAACAAGCCGGCAACUGGCUGCUGCGACAGUACGAGGCGGCCAUAGCGGGCAAGCCCGUAGACUCGCCGCUAGGUACCGUCGCCUUCCUGAAGGACUUGCGGACGAUCAAGGAUAGGACGUUCACUUGUAAGACCACGAAGGAGUUGAAGGAUCCACAGUUUAUAAUAUCAACAUACAAAUGGCUCCUCUGUUGGAUGUUGAAGUAUACCCACGAGAAAAACGAAGCGAACCUCUCCCAAGGUCUCACGAAAGUGCAAGCGCGGACCAAAUCCCAAGUGUACCGAUGGAAGACACUAACAAAAGUGUACGCAGAGUACAUAACCUUGGUGUUCUGUUUGGAUAACAUAGACAAGAAAGAGCGGGAACUGCAGCCAAUGAUGCUGAAGCUCUUCUGUUUGUACGGUCUAUGGUCGUUGGAUGAGAACUUGGUGGAGUUGUACCAAGGGGGGUUUGCUAAGGGGGAGGAAUGCGCGCGAUUAGUGCGCGACUCUGUGCUGGAGCUUUGCGGGGAGGUGAAGAAUGAGAUUGUCAGUGUUGCGGACGCGCUUGCGCCGACUGACUUCGUUUUGAACUCUGUUCUGGCGAAGAGUGAUGGAAAGUUAUAUCAGAAUCUCCAGAAAGCGUUCUUCAGUCACCCCGGCGUGUUCGAGAGGACGCCCUGGUGGCGAGACGUGGUACCAGCUUCCAAGUUGUAAGCUAAACACCACCAAACAAAGAUUUUAUAAUAAUAGAUAUGUCACAUGUCGUGUCCGAAACUGAGGCGAACAAAAGUGGCUAAUUGUCUUAAUUUCAAUUAGUCGCACAGUAAACAACCAAAGUAAUUCAAACAAAUAAUACCUAAAUUUUGUCUACAAUGUCGAGUACAAUUUUGUCUACAAUGUUGUAUGUGUUAAAAAAAUGUAAAAUAUACAUAUAUAUUAUAUGUAUACAUGAACAUGAAUAUAUAAUGUAACCAAACACAAAGUCGUGCAUGUGUGCGCUCAGUGGAGUAGGUACUUUUUGCGGUGAUUUUGUAGGCAUGUAACAUAUCUAAUAGUAUGAAAUCGUUGCCACCAAAUAUAUUAAAUAAAUAUGAAAGUAUAUUAAAAAAAAUAGGCCACAAAUAUUUGAUAUCGUAGAUACAAACAAAUUUUAACAAGAAAUACGAGUAAUUGUUAAAUAAGUGUUAAUUCGGUUUUAAAAAUAACUUAAAGUUAUUAUUUUGUCUUUGUUUUAUUUAAGAAAUAUUAAAAACCAUAGUUAUGUUUUGGUAAACUUUAAAAAGCCUGACGCAAAAAUUUAUUUGUUUGGUAGGUAUUUUAUAUAACCGAAUUAUCACUAAUAGUUAAUUAAACUAAGGUUACGUGAAUGUGUGACUUAAAAGUUUAUCUUAUAUUAUUAUUUAAUCAAUUAAAUUAAAAAUCGUGGGUAUUUUGGUUGACUUGCCCGACUACAGUUGAAAAGUAAUGAUUUCUUGCUCUUUGCCAAUAUUCAAGGCAUAUUUUGUUUAUUUAUAAAUCUUGUUUCUACCAAUGUGAGUAAACCAAGUUAAAUGAACUACAUUAUAUAACUACAUAUUUGUAAGUUUUCAAUAGGUUACAUUUGCCUAAGGUCGUUGAUUUUGACAUGAAAUGGACCGAGUGACACUACAUAUUAUAUUAUUAUACAUGUGUUGGUAUACAAUUAAGGAGAAAAGAAAAUAUACAGGAUGCUCGGGAGUAUCCCCCUAACUUUAGGGUUAUAUAUAAUUGAUAAUUAAUUAAAUAUGUCCAAGAAACAUGUGUUCUAAAAGGAAUAUUUUGGGGAGUACAUAAUAUUUCUUUUGUAAAUAGAUCUUAAAAUGUGUCCCCUUAUAAUAAUGACGUAGGGAAAUUUGUGCAUUAAUAAAUAUCACGAAGUAGCUAAUUAGUGAAGUGCGGAGUGCCAGUUACAACUAUCUCGUCGAUAUCGAUAAAGUCAGAUUUAGGCUGCAUCCAUACCACUAUCAGAAAGUGCAAGGGCUUAUAUCAGGCCUCUCCUGGAAAGAAAAUCAAUGCACCAUAGAGUUCGCUGUCGUCAAAAAUGUAGUCUAGUAGUGUCGUCAUCAUCUUAACUUGUAAUUGAAUAAAAAAAAUCGUUUUAAUUUUACCUAAAGGCGUUUGUUACAUGGGUAGUAGGAAUUAUUUGAAUUACUUUGUAUGAAAACAUACAAAAUUUUUUUUAGUUACUAUCCUCCUAUACGUGGACACGUGGACACCUUGAAGUUAUGGGGAUUACUCCCUAACAUCCUGUAUAGAAUAUAUACAUACAUAUUUAUUUUUUUCUUUUUAAUUGCAAAAGUUAUGGUUAUUAAUUAGUUACAUUUUAGAGACUAAAUCAUCAUGCUUUUUCUAAAAUAUGGUUUAUAUAUUAGGUAUAUUAUCUCAAAUAUGAGUCACAAAAUUCGAAAUUCCAUGUCAAUGGUAUUAUAGCUUUUGUUUUGUAUAAAUAUACGUGUUAAUUCGAAAUAAUUAGUUAAAAUUAUGACUCAUUUUAUUAUUUUAAGAAAUUAUGACGCAUUUAUAUUAGACGCAUUUUUUAAUUAAUUUAAAUUAUGAAUAUUUAUUUAAAAAAAAUUAGUAAAAUAUCUAUGAUUUGUAAUACUUAUAAAAUUGUAAUAUCAUUUCAAUUAAUCGUAUAUUGUCAUAUUUCUAUAAGUUUUAUAAAUCUCUUUAUUUCUCUUAGGCGAGGCUGUGCUAGAGAUCGCUAUAAUAUAUUUAUUUGAUUUUCAAAAGUAUAUUCAUAUGUUAUUAUAUAAACUUCAUAAUCCAAAAUGAUUAAUACAAUGCAAUCUACCUCACAAUAGUCACGUGACUUUGCGUUAAAUAGAAUCGUACGGAGAAUGGAGAUAUUAUUAUUUUGUAUCUUUACACAAGAAGUUCAACUUUCCUUUUAACUGCAUUUUUGUGAAGAACCGAAGCAUUUUAACGCAUAUGACAGUUCGGCCUUUAUUCCAUAUUUAAAAAUGGCGGAACAUCGAAAUUGUUUUUAGAGCCGUUUUCAUAUGAUGAGUGUUUGAUAACUUGAAGUUUUGUCAGUGUCAUCCUACUGAUAUUAUAAACGCGAAAGUUUGUAUGGAUGUUUAGAUGUUUGUACUCUUCAACGCCGCGACUAUUGGACCGAAUUAGCUGAAAUUUCGAAUGGAGAUAGAUUAUAAUCUGGAUUAACACAUACUCGUAGGCUACUCUUUGUCCCGAAAAAAAAAAAUACGUACGUACACACUUAUUUUUCGCUGGUAACACCGCGGGGCGAAGCUAGUUUGACAUAAAGAAAGAAAGUGACAAAACUUAUGGUAAGACUAUCCGACCCUAAUCAGACGGUGAAACUGGCCCUUAAUCUAGUACGUUAGAAGCAUUGUUUCUGUUGGAUAUGGGCACUUUGUUAGAAGAUCUGUUAAAUUUCUUAAUUUAAAUUAUUAUUAUAACGUAAUAGAAGCAUCGCUUCGGUAUGAAUAUGUACUCAGAGGCACAACUAUAUAAAAUUUGUAUAUUAAAGUGGGUGGAUAAUUUGUGCCUCUGAGUAUAUGAAUCAAUGGAUUACCUCUGUGUGGUAUAGACACUUUAAUUAUUUAUUUAAUAUAAUAUGUUAGAAGCAUAGCUUCUGUGACAUAUGCUUGCUUCAACUAUUUUUGUAUUUACUUUUCCUAUAAAUGAGCACCUCAAAAACACGUACAAUUUUAGUUGUACGCACAAUGAAAAUCCAUUUUUAACAAACAGGGUAAAAUAGUAUUCCUAUAGGUAAAGAUUUAUUAACAAAAUAAUGAUUAUUAUUUUGAGAUGAUAUUUAUUUCCGUUGACGUUCAUUUAAAAGUAUUUUUUAUUAAUUAUUUUUAUUAUUGCUUUUACUUCUUAACACACAUAGACAAUUAUAUGGUAAGUAUUAAUUUUAUAGAACUUUUUAAUAAUAAUUGUUUUUAAUGGGUAAAUGUUUCGUAUUAUGGUAAUAGAUAAAUAGUAAUAAAUUAGAUUUUUACUUUAUUAAAAUUAAAUAAAACAGCCAAAUAUAAAUUUUAAAAUAUUAGUAUAGUUAGCUUAGGAUUUGUAACGAAUUAUAAUGCUAGGGGGAUGGUGCAAAUCAUAUUUAGAUCAAUUAUUUUUAUAAUAAAAUUUUCGUCAAAAAUCGACUUUACGAGUAUACUAUGAAUAUAAGAAUACCUAAUUUUUUACAUAAUACUUUUAGGGUAACGAAACCCCAAAUACCUUUUCUUUUGUUCCAUAUUUUUCUUAACAAAUUAUUUGACCGUUAGCGAUCAAACUUUAAUUCAACCUUUUUCUAGCGAAGCCUAUGGUAUUUAUGGUAGCGAAGGUUGCUACAAGGAUAAUUGUCUGGUGAUUACUAGCAUGAUUUUUUUCAAAUUGAAAAAUUCAUUUAUUUGAAGUAGGCUCAGUAUAUAAUACACUUUGAAAUGUCAGUUGACUAUUUGUUUGUAUUCUACCAUUACUGAUGAUAUCGCUAUAAAAUGUCAAUAAAUUACAUUUUACUUGGAAACCACCACAUCAUGGAGAAGCAUGAGUUGAGAAGUGUCAACUCAUGCUCUCCGAGACACAAACGCAAGUUUUCGUUUUUCAUUGAUGACCUACGUCAUCAUGACAUUUUAUAGCGACUCAACUCAUUUAUUGGUUUCAUUUGUUUAUAAAAAUGGAAUGCUUUUUGUAGUUGGGGACACAUAGUAUUGUAUGUAUUUUCCUGUAUUAAGACCUUUGAUAUAAAUAUUUACUUCAAUUAAAUAUAUGUGCUAGUGGCGCCAACUCCCCAGCAUCAUAGUUCACUGUUCUUGUUCGUAGGAAUAAAUAUAGAAUAAUUUCUUACUAUCUGUUUUAAGUUCUUUUAUUUAAAUAUUUUCAAUAUUUAGGAUAUAAACUAUCAAUUAUAUUUAUUAUUUUGGAUUUGUAUUAUGAUUUUCUUUGAAACGCUCACUCAGUGCCUUCCUUGAAUAGUGACACCAGUAUUAAGAUUACUAUGAUGUCUCAUAGCAUAGUGUAAUCCGUAGCUGCAUCACUUAGCAAUUAAAUGAUUGCAAUAUGAUAAUGUCAUUCAAUUUCCGAUUAUCCUGCAAUACCGCUAAGAGCGAUGUCCCAUUAGUGCAUUGCCUCGCAGCGUCGUGUUUCAUAUAUUUUAAACGACAUGCCACAUUAAAGCGUUGGGUAUUCGUAAACGUUUCGACGGAAGACGAAGUGAUAAUUUGUUUUGUAAUUUAUUUUUGUCUUUACCAGAAAGACGAAAUACAGUUGUGUGACUACAUGCGCUGUGGUUUAGUGGGUCAUUGCAAUGCAAUAGGUAGUUGUGGCAUACAACGCUAUUCGUUGCAACGACGCAACGCUACGCACUAACGAGCCAUCGCCCUAACGGUGCGAUAGUUUUGCAUAGCAGGUAUAUUUGCAAAAGCUACUUAAACUUGCGGUUUCACUGUGAGAAUUCAUAGUCAUUUAAUACGAGUGUUAAUAUAUUUUAACUCUGUAAAAUAUGUUGUUGUAAUAAUAGAUGUACCUAAUGUAUUGUUGGAAGUGUUUUCUUCUGUAAAUAAAUAAAUGUCUAAUAAUA